AUGGAAAGACUUAAAACCAAAGUUACCCAGGUGGCAAAGCUGACUGCUGUUUCUGCGGGGCUGCCAUUUGCAUGUUUUACUGUAUAUGCAGCAACAGAAAAGGAAUCAAAAAGUCACCUGGUGAAGCCAGAUCAGCUUCCAAUUUACUGUCCACCACCUCUGAAAUCGAAAUACAUUGAAGAACAGCCCGGUCACUUGCAGAAGCAAUUUUCUUCAGUAAGACAGACAGCUGGCCGCUACAUCGGAUGGUGCAAAAAUGUUUUUGUCUUUGUUAAAAAUGGAAUAACGGAUUCAGUUCAAUUUGGAAAAGAUGCUUACGUUUACCUGAAGAAUCCACCCCCAGAAUUUCUUCCCAAAGUUGGUGUAAUUACACUGUCAGGCUUCGCUGGCAUAGUACUGGCAAGAAAAGAUUCUAGAUUUAAGAAAAUUGUGUAUCCACUGGGACUUACAACUUUAGGAAUUUCUGUUUGUUACCCAGCCCAGUCAGUGGUAAUUGCUAAG